AUUGGAGGGUAUUUUGCUCCUCGUACAUCCGUAGGCAGGAGAUAUGCACAUCGGUAGCUGGGGUAAAUAGGCUUAGGUACUUCAGGGUAACUUGGGGACCUAGACCUGGUUCAAAAAAUAAGGACCUUCUUGGGCAAGGCGCCUAGGUGGGGGAGUCAGGAAGCUGUUAAAGUGGGCUUGUUGCUUGUGAGGCGGGAGCGCGACCACAAACGCAGAAGACGUGACGCUGCGGCUGCGCGCGGUCUAAAUUGUUCCUCUCUUCGUCAUUGCUAUCUCACGCCGCACUACGCUACAAAGACUGCCACACCGCUCGGAGACUUUGACAACAAUCAAGUGUGCCUUGACCUGUCAAUCAAUAUCUGGGCUCGUCGACAUUGUGCACCAUUCAGUGUCCUGAGGCCUCUGACCGCAAACACCGUCAGCUUCGUCGCCUCACCACAGCUGCCAGCGACAUUGCUGCCUAAGCAACCAGCUGUGUUGGUCUGCACUGCAAAUAAUUGCCAUACGGGAGCCUCCGACCACUUGGGAGCUCCCAAGAGAUUCCGCCUUGCUUACACCAUUCGACAUCAUGUCACUGGUUCCCAGCUAUUGACCAAACCUGCUCCCAUUCUUGCUCAUCACCGAACCGCGCGACGAUUGCUCGAAAAAGCCGGUCCAGACGAAGGACGACAUCACGACACCCAAGCGUCCCCAGACAAAUCUUGAAUUCGCAUAGAGAACCAUUUGGGCCCUUUUCGCACGACUCGAGUCCUUGUGGCCGCCAUGGCAGCCCUUCCCUCUAAUGGGGCCAUGGCCACGGCCAGUGGUGAAGAGUCCGAAGUGCUGCCCAAGAUCCACGACGCUCUUAACCUAAUAUACAGCCCUCACUCUAGCAACCAGUCCCGCCGAGAAGCUCAGGAGUUUCUCGAGGGCAUUAAGAGUCUUGACCAGUCUCCAUCGGUUGGUUUUAAUUUGGCUCAGGUCAAAGGCAAGGAGCCCAUCAUCCGCCACUACGGCCUCUCGCUUCUCGAACAUGCCAUAAAACACAAGUGGGGGGACUACUCGGGAGAGCAGCUUGAAUAUCUGCGAAGCUGGGUGCUUCAGUUGGCCGAAAACGUUAGCCGGGACGACCCGCUCUAUAUUCGCAACAAGGUUGCACAGCUUUGGGUCGAAAUCGCGAAGCGGUGCUGGGGACCAGAGUGGACCGAGAUGGAUAAUCUGCUCAUGGCGAUGUGGAACAUACCCGGCCCGACGGCCCACAAGGAGCUCGUGCUCUUUAUACUCGAAUCGCUGUCGGAUGAGAUAUUUGGUGUUUCGGGCGACGACCCGACCGUCGCUAUGCGUGAGGCGACUUUGUCCAAAAUUUGCGUCGAUAUUUUCACGCCUCUAUCAGUGCUCUCUGAGCAGUUUCCGUCACGCUCCAGCUUCAGCAAUAUCAGGGCCGGCGAGGAUGGCUGGAUUAUACGGGUUUCACGCUUGCUUGGGGACUGCUUGGCCGGAGACGUACAGAACAACGAUGAUAUCCGGACCUGCGCCAUAAAGUCGCUUUCUGUGCUGCACUCAGUUAUACCAUGGGCCAUACCACAGGCCUUGGCUAACUCUGGCUGUGUUGGACUUAUGUGUAAUGGUCUUGCUGCAUCUCACGUUGCGCUUCAGAAGGCUGCUCUCGAAGCAUUGCACGCUCUAUACGGCAGGAACAACUUUGUCGACGAUGACUUUGUGAAUCUGGUCGUGCCCAUGUACGAUCCAAAGUUUGUGGAGCUGGGCAGAAGGUUGUUUGAAUGGUCCUCUGCCAUUGAUCCGGAAGAUAUUGAUGACGACAAAUACCAAUUUGCCAAAAAGUUCUCAGAAAUGGUCUCUUCUCUAGGAAACUACCUGGAUAGAAGAAUGGAAUGUCUCCCGUCAGAUAUCGAGCUUCAAGGGUUCUUCGAUUUUUUGCUGUUGAUCCUUCAGAGUCAGAGCCUGGUUGUUUCAAUACCGGUUCUGGUAACAUGGACACGACUAUUGCACAAUCCUGAUUUCGGCGCUUCGAUAGGCGAGACAGCUCUUGUGGGCCAUCUACUUGAGGUUUGCAGCUCCCGACUUGUGCAAUAUGAGCACCUGCCGGAGGAUACGAGAGACGCCACAUAUACGUUUCUUAUGGAAGACACCGACACAAUCCCCGAAAGGCAUGCGUUUCUGGGCAACUACCGUCGGUACUGUUCGCAAGUUAUUGAGAGUAUCGUGCAACUGAAGCUCGUGGAUGCUCUUCAGCACAUCCUUGGACAAGCUGAUGAAGUCCUUGACCGUCUGUAUAACGGCAAGGCGCCUCUAAAUCCCUCGAGCUACAACAAGAACUCAAUGGAAGCCCUGACCGUUGAUGCUCGUUUUACUGUCAUCGAGUCGGCUCUGAAAGGCUACGUCAAGUGGCGACAGAGCAUGGACUUUAGCAUACCAGAAAAUUUACAACGGAAGACAUCUUUAGAGGAGAGCUUCGAAGGAUGGUGCAAUCGUCUGCUUAAAAGAGAAUUCGAGGAUCCAAUGAUUCGAAAACGGAUACUACAGCUCCUGGUUGCCUUCUCUACCACUGCUCUUGACAGAAACUCGGAAUUUAUGCUCAAGGUACUGGAGCAUAUUCUUGUCACAUGGCCAAACCCUCAACCUGAGUACCGUCUUUUCAACGAGUCGGUUAAGGAUCUUCAAUCAGAAAGUAUGGUGGAGCUCCAGCGUCUGGCGUCCAAGAUGCCCGACAAGCUUCUUGAGGUCUACAGUCAUAUCGAGGCCAAAGUCAAGGAGAUGAUAUCUUCGGGCACUCUAGACGAAAAAAGGCAGCUCGCAUAUCAGUCUUUUCUUUUCAUUAUCAUUCAUCGCGCGUCCAAGAUUGAUCAAGAAUCGAGGAUCAUGCGUCUUCAGCCAUUUAUCAACCCGGUGCUGUCUCAGUGGAGUAACCCAGCACUGGGUCAGGCUCUGUCGUCUUACAGCAACUUUUGCGAGUCAAUGGCUCUAGACAAGGCUCAGAGAUAUUUGGCAAGCAAAGAGGUUCACAAGAUAGCAGACUGGGGUGCUGUGCCGCUGGACGCAGAGGGGUUGGCGCUUCAGGCUGAGCUGGAAGAGCGGCAAACGAUGCUACCACUUCGACCGACUAAGACUUUCCUAACUUACUCGGUCGAAAAGCUCGACAAGGGGUCCGCACCUUAUGAAGCGUCCUGCAAGCUUUGGCAAGACGGCUUUCCGAUUAUCCUUCCUCAUCUGUUGCAAAUGCUGAGACAUGCCCACGCUUGCCAUAACCACAACAACUGGGCAAACCUACCACAGGAGAUGAAAUCCAUUGUGGGCCGUGUGCUGGCAGACAGAUUCUGGCAAGCAGGUAUCUCGGAAGGAAGCAAAGAUGAAUUUUAUGCCAGGGUUGUUGACAAAAAGGGGACACUCGAAGGACUCGCGUCAACUGUCCGUGGCGCCGUCAGGGUGGUGCGCGACACCUGCUACGCAAUUCUCUUCUGCAUGAGCCGCCUAGACCUUCAGUUCUACGGUUUUGAUGAGCUACCAGGUCCACUUUCGCUAGCGCUCUUUGCAGACUCCGUCUGUUUGUCGUCACAUCAGAUCAUCAACCUGCUGAAUCUGGUCAGGUAUCUUGUCGACCACUGUCCUGUACAGCUGCGGGAGCACUUUUUACCACCACUGCUUGCAGCAUGCUUCCAGCAGAUUGACAACAAGAUCAACACAGAGUGGGAGAAACUGGGCUUCCAAUCCGAGGUACAGGCAGCUGGGGAGGCCCUGACCGAGGAGAUGAAGAACGAGAGCAUUCUGAGGCAGUUGACAUACACUGCAGUUGUCAUGGUGGCUGAUUUCCUGGACCCUCACAGAACAAACUCUGAUGCUUACGGGGCUCCCCUGGCAAAUCCAAACCAGUAUCCAGCACUGCGGAAAUUCUGCUUGAUGCAUUCGGUUAUAGUUGAGCCUCUACUGUUGUUUUGCGCGCACGGCAUCCGUAUGCGUGACACAAGAUGCUGCGGAGUUGUGCUGCGCGUCUUCCGAUAUAUCAUACCUGAGUUUUCAGUAUCUCCAGAUCGCGGGACACAGGAGAGCAACAACGACGGAAAGACCCCGGCAGCGCCGACCAGGGGCCUUGUUCCUGACGACUUCCCAAUCCCGCAGGAAACGGCACGCGCGAUUCGUGAGUUUAUCUCAUCGGAAGUCCUCAUAGCAUGCAUAACUUCCAUGCACGAGCCCUACUUUGUGGACCUCCAGCGCGAACUGGCAAUGUUGAUUGCAACAAUCCUGGCGCAUUACUGCCCCCUCACAUCAACGCCUCGAGGGAUUCUGCUCUCCUUGCCAGGGCUUAAAGAAUCAGAUGUCGAUCACGCUAUCCGGUACAUAACUCGAUCCGGGUCAAACGUGAGGCAGCAGCGCGGAAUGGUACUCGACCUGUUCAAGGAUCUCAAGGGUGUCAGUGUGUCGGAGCAAGGCAAACUCCAGAGGGCCGACCGUGGAAACGACAGUAAGAAGUCUGGACGGAGCAAGAUGGCUCAAGAGUUCAUGACGGCUCCUGCGCAGGGCCCUAUGGAGGGGCGGACGAAGACACCGGACUUGGAAGGCGUUGCCAACCUGUUUGACGGACAAUAGGGCUAGGCGAAGAAGUGCGGGGAGUACUAGUUCAAGAGCUAGAGUUUGAUCAGUGGCGGUGGCGAUUGUGGUGGCGCGAUGAACCGAUACCCCUUCAAGUAUUUUUGGAUUCUUCAUUUGUCUUAGUUCACUUCUACGACCAUAUUCCACACCAGGUUUAACGGAUCACAGGGUGGCCAGCGGGUGUUUCGGACUGUAGCGGAGAUUACUUUUGUGUUGUUUCGUUGGUGGUUCCAUGUUAUACAUACAUAUGUGCUCAAAGUGAUUUGAGUCUCAUUGCACCAGCAAACAAACGUUGCACGUAGACCCGUGGUUCACUUGCCUUAACACAAAAGCACCGGAGAUUUAUGUCCGCUCUAUAUGGGAUGAGGUGGUUGCUAUGAAUACACAUUGAAGCUUAAGAUGCAGAUGAGAUGUAGACUUUAAAAACGACACAAUGCAGGAAAUGCGAAGAAGG